CAAUCGCUUCUUAGCAUCCUUUUAUUGGUGUUUUUGUGGUUUGACUGGAGCAGUUAUCGGUCAUUCAUCUGUGUACUACGGCACCCGGAAGAGGACAUACAGCACCACGUGUCUGUAUAACUCUGAGCGGGGAUUGGCGGCGCAGCCGUCAGUUCCUGUUGGCUGUCCUCCUUCUCUCCUAGGGUGAAGGUGAAAAGCUGCUGUCUUCUCUCCUCCGCACCGGCACGGCCUCCAGCUCGCAGGCACUCGCGUCUGUUUCCGUGACAGAGACAUUUCCCCCUCAUCAUGUCCUUGUUCGCCGAGGUGCCGCAAGCCGCUCCGGUGGCCGUGUUUAAGCUGACAGCGGAUUUCAGGGAGGACAAACACCCCAGCAAGGUGAACCUGGGAGUUGGAGCCUACCGCACGGAUGCCUGCCAGCCCUGGGUGCUGCCGGUGGUGCGGAAGGUGGAGCAGCUGAUUGCCAGUGACUCCAGCCUGAACCACGAGUACCUGCCCAUCCUGGGGCUGCCCGAGUUCAGGGCCAGCUCCUCCAAGAUCGCCCUGGGAGAGGACAGCCCGGCCGUCCAGGAGCACAGGGUGGGGGGCGUACAGUGUCUGGGAGGGACAGGAGCCCUGAAGAUCGGGGCCGAGUUUCUGCGCCGCUGGUACAAUGGCAUCAAUAACACCGCGACGCCCAUUUACAUCUCUUCACCAUCCUGGGAGAAUCACAACGCUGUCUUCAUAGAUGCUGGGUUCAGCGAUAUCCGUGCCUAUCGGUACUGGGAUGCGGAGAAGCGUGGAUUGGCAUUGCCUGGAUUCCUGGAAGACCUGGAGAAUGCCCCUGAGUCUUCGAUCUUUGUGCUGCAUGCCUGUGCCCACAACCCCACAGGCACCGACCCGACCCCAGAUGAGUGGAAGCAGAUUGCGGAUGUCAUGAAGAGGAGGAAGCUCUUUGCGUUCUUCGACUCGGCCUACCAGGGCUUCGCCUCAGGGAAUCUGGAAAAGGAUGCUUGGGCAGUCCGCUACUUUGUUUCCCAGGGCUUUGAGAUCUUCUGUGCCCAGUCUUUUUCCAAAAACUUUGGCCUUUACAACGAGAGAGUGGGCAACCUCACAGUUGUGGCCAAGGAUUCGGACAGUCUGACCCGGGUCCUUUCGCAAAUGGAGAAGAUAGUCCGUACUACCUGGUCCAACCCCCCUUCACAGGGAGCCCGCAUUGUCUCGCUCACACUCAACACCCCCGAACUCUUUGCCGAAUGGAAGGACAAUGUGAAGACCAUGGCGGACAGGGUGCUGUUGAUGAGGGCUCAGCUGAAGGCCAAGCUGCUGGCCCUGGGCACCCCUGGAACCUGGGACCACAUUACCCAGCAGAUCGGCAUGUUCAGCUUCACAGGCCUCAACCCCAAGCAAGUGGAGUACUUGAUUAAGGAGAAGCACGUCUACCUGAUGGCCAGCGGCCGCAUCAACAUGUGUGGCCUGACCACCAAGAACCUGGACUACGUGGCGGAGUCCAUCCAUGAAGCCAUCACCAAGAUUCAGUAGGACCUGGCUGGGGACCAGCCACUCCUAGCACUUCCGAUAUCCGGAGCGGGAAUCCACUGGGAGUGCUGCGCUAGCCGGCGGCAGGCUCCUCCGCCUCUGCAGCAUCACCUGGCUGAGCUGGCGUUUGCCAGCAGAUACAUUUCGCAAAUAACUACCCACAAGUGCAUGAGGUUGUGGUUUCAGAUGUGUACUGUAGCUCCUCCACACUUUCUCCUUCACCUUCUUUCAGCUUAGCUGUGCAGUUUUUGUAGGUCUGUGUACUGUAAUUCACUGCUUUUUAAAGGUCAUAAAGUGAGCACUUGGAUGUAGCUUUCAGCUACUAUUGAUCUACAUGGAGAUCCAGAUGUCAAUCACAGUUGCAUAGAGAGAGCGCACUAUAUUGUUGGCUUUUGCAGACUGAGAAAAUACACCCUCGUUUUCAGCUUGAAUCUUGAUGUUCCAAAUCAGGUGUUUUUAAUAGAAAUUGCUUCACAGAAUGGCCAUAACUCAGUAGGUGUGUUUCAAUAUUUUGAAGUAUAAUUACUUGUAACAUUACUUCCAGGUCACGGUGUUGUUAAAAGCUGCUUCAUUGACUAUAACUGUGCAGUUGUAUUUUCUUAUUUAAAUGAAGAAUAAGCUAGAUGAUUUUUUUGAAUGAAUAUCUGAACUCAGGACUAUCACAAUUAAGUGGGGGGAAAAAACAGGACAAACAUCUUUUCAGAACACUUUUUGAACCCAAAAAAUCCACAUGCUUGGACACAGUUGGUCAUAUCUUGUAUAAUUAACAAACAUAAUGUAAAGAUGGGAUCCCUGAUCCUUUUGGGCUGGUUUUUGUCAGUGUGUUUUCAGUCUAGCUGUGUUUUGUAACCACCUGGAUCAGCUCAUUGAUGGACCCAUUUAACACUUCCUCCCAGUGCUCCAGGCACUCGAACUUUAAAACAGUGGUUCACAAGCUUGGUUCUGGUUUGUGCUUUAGCCAAGUCCAUAAUCCCAUUCAUUUCAGCUUUCUACUUGACACACUUUAGUAACUUUGUUUUCAGCUUUUAAAUGGUCAAAUGGAAGGCAUUUCUGUUUCUUAACUGUCCUUCAGCGGGCGUGCUAUCUGAAGUGUAACCAACUCAAAUCCUGCAGAAGGAGAAAUGCUUGUUGUGGGAGAAUUGUCUCAUUACCACCUGUUCAACGAUGGAUCAGCAAGUGAAAGCUAUGUAAUCGGACAUAGGUAGGCAGUUCUGUAUUGGAGCCACAGUGGCAAUUUGUUCCAGAGCUUAUCCAGGCAAGAAUAAGGCAGAGAUAACAUUCUGUAUUCUGAAGUUGCUGGAAACUGUAGCCUCAGGGAAUCUGAGUUUUUCACACUCAAGGCUGACCAAGGAAGCAAGUUAAAUGAAUGUCCUAAUUCAUCUGCUUACUUUGCAAAGUUAUCAAACAACAGUGGCCAUUUAGAGCUCAGCUGGACUGAAUACCAGCCCCCAUGAGCAGGGCUGACAACAAGACUGCUUACAGGAGCCAUAGAAAACCCACAGGCACACUGGGAUCGAGAGACUUCAGAAGCAGUGUCUCGCAUCUCAGUUCUUUUAUACAUUUUGGCAUAGUUUUUUGAAUGCACAUUUUAUUGUCAAAAUGGACCUAAAUGCUAAAUAUAAGAAGUGCGAAACAGUGUAAAUGCACAUUUCCUUCUUAGGUCUGAAAGGGUUGACAGGCAACUAAUUGAUCUGCACUUUUGCUUCUAAGUAAAACCUCUUACAUUUUAUAAUAUAACAAUACUAAAUUAUUUGUAAGCCCUUGUGCUAGCAUCAAAAUCUUUAAACAAUACUUAAGUUCUUCAUACAAAUCAAAGUAAACAAUUUUAUGAUGGCCUACUUACCAAAGUUAUAAAGAGAAGUUAAAUGCUGGAGUAAAAUCUUUUCCUUUUUAAAGAACAUAUUGUAAGAAAUUUUGCAAUAUUUACAUUUUACUGGAUCUGAGGACCAUCACUAUUUGAGUUGUAUACAAGUGUAAUGCUCGUGAUGACUCGGUAACCUUGAAACAAAGCACACUCAAAGCUUGUGUCUCUCAGGGUGUAUUUUGUCUUUCUGUAACCAGCUUUUUCUGAAACGGGUGCAAGACGGUAGAAUAAGGCUUCUUUUCAGGGUGAGGUGAUGGUGACAGUGGGGGAUAUGGUUGUGAAGCCACUGAUUACUUUGCUUAUGUCCUCAUUCUUUUACAAGUGCUUCGACUCUUUACGCACAACAGAUUUCUGCUUCUCUUAACCAGAAAAUCCUGUAGCGUAUUUGAUUAAUAUCGCAUAAUGUCUUUUAUUAGCACAGCGAAAGAAGUGGGAUCUCCUGGUCUAAUGUAACCCUUCAUUGUGAUAUACUUGUGAAGUAGAAAUAUUCUAGGCUUAUUUCCCAAGUAUCUAUGAAUAUACAGUAAUGGGUAUCCAAACUUACAGUAUAUGUGCACCCUAACCACAUGCCCUUUAAAAGCAUACAAAUAAAUUCUAACUAUGGACUACG